UGCGCUGAGACGAUAAGACCCGCUGCGUCGAGCACAGGUCAUGAAAGGGCAUCGACACGUUUCGCUGAGAUCUGACGAUGAAGAGGAUGAGGAGUCCCGCGACUGGAGAGGCUAGUCGAAAGCGGACCUAAGUGGAAAUGGCGCACGGCCGAAACGCGAAGACGCGCCCGCCAUUUUCAACGCGUCUCCCCUGACGACCCUCAUUAUUCGACCCCUCACGAUCCGCAACCAACAACCCACGCACAACACACAAUGGCGGACAGGCAAUCGGCAUACACAGUCAGUCUCUUUGGAGGCCAAGAGAGCGAAGGUGGCCAGGAUGCGGCUGCCCCCUCGCGCGUCCAGCAGGCGCUGGUCGACUUCAUCAUGGAGUUCACUCUCGACAACAUCUUUGUCUACAGAGAUCAGAUCCGCGAAAACGUGCUUUUAAAGCAGUACUACUGUGAUAUCGACAUGGCUCACCUUAUAAACUACAACGAUGGCGAGCUCGCGCACAACCUGAAGCAGAACCCGGCUGAGAUCGUACCUCUAUUUGAGGCAGCUCUCAAGAUAUGCACACAGCGGAUCGUCUACCCCUCCCAGAAGAACAUCAAGCUUCCCGAGCACCAGCUGCUUCUUCAUUCCUCCGCAACCGAGCUCUCAAUCCGCGAUCUUACUGCAAAUAAUGUAUCGCAACUUGUCCGCAUACCCGGCAUCGUCAUCGGCGCCUCCACUCUCUCCUCAAAAUCCACUGCUCUUGCUGUCCGAUGUCGAAACUGCCAGCACGAGCAGAUGCUACCCGUGUCAGGCGGCUUCUCAGGCGUUUCCCUUCCGAGAACGUGUGGGAGGCUACGAGGUGAGGGUGAAGGUGGCGAUCAAUGUCCACUGGAUCCCUACUAUGUCAUGCACGAGCGCUGCCAGUUCAUCGACCAGCAAGUGCUCAAGCUGCAGGAAGCGCCUGAUCAGGUACCAGUCGGUGAGCUGCCGCGCCACAUCAUGAUCUCAGCGGAUCGCUAUCUGGCGAACCGAGUUGUGCCCGGUACGCGAUGCACCGUCAUGGGCAUCUUCUCCAUAUACCAGCAAAAGGGCAACAAGCGGUCCGGAAGCGCUGCGGUCGCGAUUCGCAAUCCCUAUAUCCGCGCCGUCGGCAUCAAAACCGAUGUCGAUCAUACCCAAAAGGGCGGCGCCGUAUUUACCGAGGAGGAAGAGCAGGAGUUCUUAGAGAUGAGUAGGAGACCUGACAUUUACGACGUCUUUGCCAGGUGCAUCGCUCCUUCUAUUUACGGAAACGAGGACAUCAAGAAAGCCAUUGCUUGCUUACUGAUGGGUGGGUCAAAGAAGAUUCUGCCGGACGGUAUGAAGCUCCGAGGUGACAUCAACGUGCUUCUUCUCGGUGAUCCCGGUACCGCGAAAUCCCAACUUCUUAAGUUUGUGGAAAAAGUCUCUCCCAUCGCCAUCUACACAUCCGGUAAAGGAUCCUCAGCAGCUGGGUUGACAGCCUCCGUUCAGCGCGAUCACACUACACGAGAGUUCUACCUCGAAGGCGGUGCCAUGGUCCUAGCCGAUGGUGGCGUGGUUUGCAUUGACGAAUUCGAUAAGAUGAGGGACGAGGAUCGAGUUGCAAUCCAUGAAGCUAUGGAACAACAAACCAUCUCAAUUGCGAAAGCAGGUAUCACCACCAUUCUCAACUCGCGGACAUCGGUCCUUGCAGCUGCCAACCCAAUCUUUGGGCGUUAUGAUGACAUGAAAACGCCUGGAGAGAAUAUUGACUUCCAGACUACUAUUUUGUCACGUUUUGACAUGAUCUUCAUCGUGCGUGACGAGCACGAUCGUGGCCGUGAUGAGCGGAUGGCCAAGCACGUCAUGGGCAUCGCCAUGGGCGGCCGUGGCGUCGAGGAGACUGUGCAAGCAGAGAUUCCCAUCGAAAAGAUGAAGCGCUACAUCACUUACUGCCGGCAGAAGUGCGCACCACGUCUUUCGCCCGAGGCUGCAGAGAAGCUUUCCUCGCAUUUCGUUAGCAUUAGGCGGCAAGUCCACGCUUCGGAAAUGAACGCCAACCAACGAUCCAGCAUUCCGAUUACCGUCCGCCAAUUGGAAGCUAUCAUUCGUAUCACUGAAUCACUUGCGAAGCUGUCGUUGGCCCCUAUCGCGGAUGAGAAACACGUGGAUGAGGCGAUACGCCUCUUCCUUGCAUCGACCAUGGAUGCGGUCAACCAAGGCGGUGGUCAAGGGUCAAAGGAGUUGAUGGAUGAAACAAACAAAGUGGAGGAAGAAUUGCGCCGACGUAUGCCCAUCGGCUGGCAAGUCAACCUGUCGACGCUUAAGCGCGAGAUGGUGGAUGGGAAGGGGUACUCGGAACAAGCUCUCGCUCGAGCAUUGCACGUCAUGAACGCUCGGGAAACGAUAAGAUGGCGGCAUGGCGGCAGCGUUGUUUUCCGAGCAAGUGCAUAGAAGAGCGCUCCAAGGCUUUAGGUAUGAUGCGAUGGCGUUUGGGUUGGUGGUCCUUGGAUAACGGAGCACGAGUACAAUAUUCAGAAGCUAUGAGGCAUGGGACGUCACAUAGUGUCGUAUGAUGAGAUGAGGUAUGCAUAGCACGCUGGCGUCAAGGAUUCUGUACAAGCGCGUCUACUGUCUAGAUGAUAAAAUCUAAAUCUCUUGCAUGUAUGCGCCUG